UUUGGAUAAUAUUUAUUGAAAUAAAGAAGUCAAAUACAUUAGGAUGAGCUUUAAGUCAGAACUGAAGGAAUUUGGAGAACAGUUCAUCACCCCAGUGAUGACCGUCCUCGCAGACAUUGCUGUAGCCGAAAUGACAGGAGACAAAAUAAACCUGGAAUCGCUAGGUGAAAAAUUCAUGAAAUAAACUUCUGUGGAACCUUGGCUUUUGGUUAUUAAAGAAGCGUGAAAAAUUCAUGAAAGCUCUGACUUUGUAUGAAGAGACCAAAGAGGGUGACUCUCCUCCUGAAUUCGGUUUAGAGGAUGUUCUAAAAUGUCCUAUAUCAGGAAAACCUAUCAUAAACCCUGUAUUGUCUCCUUCAAAGGUACUUUAUGAUGAGCAGUCAGUGAAGUUGUAUCUUUCAACCCAUGGAGAAAUACAUGAGAAUGGUACAGCCAAUCCUCUCAAAAUUAGUGACUUCAAAUUAUUGAAAAUGGAGCUUUUAAGCAAAAUGUCUUUAUCAGUCUCACAGCUAUGAAGGCCAACAGAAAAGAUCCAUGGGUGAUUAAUCGACGAAGACUAUUUCUCCCCUAGAAUGACUAGAUGCUCAGAAGAAGAGCAGCAAUUUGUAGAGCAGAAGUUCGGCCAAAUCCCUAUGUGAGAAUCAUACCUGGAAUGUGAAGGAGAGUCUGAUGACAAUGUUUAAAUUUAUCAACCUGAU